UGUUGAGGCCAGUCAACCAGGAGAUAAUUGAUGCCUCUCUCCUAUUGGUGUGGAGUCCCGCCCACAGGCCUCAGAGUGUGGGAAAGCUAAUCCAGCCCGGGACUCAUGGCUUUGUAAUGCUAAUGUCCGGCUAUAAAUAGGGCAGGGAGACCUCUCUGUGAUCACAAUUCACUCUGCUGUCCAAGAGAAGCACUGCUCUCCCUCCCUCCACUAGAAUGGCUCCUACCACCACCACAGACUUCCCUUGCUCUGCGCUCUCCACCAAAGACAAACACAAACUCAGGAAGCCGCUGGUGGAGAAGAUGCGCCGAGACCGCAUCAACAGCUGCAUCGAGCAGCUCAAAGCUCUGCUGGAGAAGGACUUCCAGCAGCAGGAGCCCAACGCCAAGCUGGAGAAGGCUGACGUCCUGGAGAUGACGGUGAUGUUCCUCCGGCAGCAGCUCCAGGCCCAGAGCGCCACUCCGCACGCCGCCCACCGCCGCGGCUACGCCCGCUGCUGGAAGGAGACGCUCCACUUCCUGUCCGCCAACUCGGUGGAGGAAGUGGCGCUCCCUCGCCUCCCGGCCCUCCAGGCCGCCCAGAAGACGUGGGGGGGCGGCGGGGACCAGAGCCCCCCGUCUCCCCUGUCCUCCACCCAGCAGCUCCACAGCCUGCAGGGCCCGGAGAAGCAGAGUCCUGGGUCCCCGAGGCCGGUGUGGAGGCCCUGGUAGACCCCCGGACCCCCUCCCUCACCCUGGAUGGAGGUUCUCCGGUGUGGAGGCCCUGGUAGACCCCCGGACCCCCUCCCUCACCCUGGAUGGAUGUUCUCCGUUCCAAACGCUGUUCAGGAUAUUCCUGAUUCUUAGGACUAGAUGUGGUCGAGGUGUCCCGGACACUGAGCACCUUCUAACUGUGGUUUGUUAACUUCUUUGAGAAGUUUGUGUGCCUUUACAAUGUAAAAGGUUACCGUUUAAUCUCUGCUGUGCAGAGAAUCUCUUCCAGACCCUGUCAAGGAAUAACUCCUGUCUCUUUAACUCCUGUGGAGUUAACCGGUUCAUAUUGAUGGUGUAUUACUUUACCUCUGUUUGAUGACAUUGUAAAGAUAAUCGAAUUGUGUCCUUUUAUAAAGGACAGCCCAUGCUGUGAUGGCGUGCAGUGUGCCUGCUGUUGUGAUACUUAAAAUAAAAUCUAUGAUAUUUAUUUCAAAUAUA